UUACGCAUGUACGCGAAAAUGCUGCGGCAGCUUGUCGCUCCAUCUUCGUGACUGCUGUGUGUGUACACGGACGAGCCGAGCGUCGCGCGCGGAGAAUGACAUUUCAGAUCGGCGACUGAUCGCGAGGGUACCAGGGCGAGCGGAAGAGUCGCGCGUAGGAGUGCGCGUCGCCUCGACACGACGUGACAGCGUUGUCACAUGGAGGAUUGAGGUCGGGGAACGACGAUCAGUGUAGUGAUCAUGGAUCUCGAUAACGAUCUGGACCAACACUUGCUGCAUCAGUUCAGUUGCCUGGGCACCACGGACAAAGACGACCUGGUGAAGCAGCUGCAGAAGCUGCUGGCUGGUAGCCACCUGAAUGAGGCCACCGCCGCGUUCUUCCUGGAUAUGAACAACUGGAAUUUGCAAGCGGCGAUCUGCAGUUACAUUGAUUUCGAGUCACCCUUUAAAACCCCAUGUAUGACGCUACUGUGCGACAGUACGAUUGGCGAAGGUGAAGCUGUGCCACCCAACACAAACUUUAAAAAAUCAUGGCACGUACAAAAUAGUGGUACAGAAGUCUGGCCAGACGGGAUCCAUCUGCAGCACACUAGCGGGGUGUCGAUGGGCUGCGUGCGGAUAGCAGUUCCACCGUUGGGUCCCAAAGAGAGCACGGAAUUGAGCGUGACAUUGACAAGUCCAGCGGAGAUUGGCGUUCACCAGAGUAAAUGGAGAAUGAUGACUUCCGAUGGUGUCUACUUUGGUGAUGUUAUCUGGGUAAUUAUAACGGUGAAUGAAUGCGGUACAUUGGCGGUCACUCAACAGUUGCAUCAGUUAAGUACACAGUCGAACGAUGUACAAAUGUGCUAGCCUUCAACGUACAAACGUCUCCCUUAAAAAAAAAGAUAUUGUGGAAUAUUGCGUCUCUUGGAUCAUUGUGAGGAUCAGCAGUUGUUUUGAAAUUUUGUAUAGGCCGCUUUUUUUCACAACGGAGUUUUUAUCGCUCCUGCAAAUUGAUAAUUGUGUACCGGGAAUAUCUACGAAUCAAUAAAACAUGCAAUAAACUUGGCCAUACUUUUACGCUGAUUAUUAUGUCGCGCGCGCGCGCGUGCGGAGCUAGCUUUUUUUUAAAGGAUAUAUAUAUAUAUAUUUUACUAAGUGUAAUCUUUCCGAUAAAGAAUUUAUUCGAAUCCUUUUUUUUGUUAGAAACGAUUCUUGGUAUAUAUGUGGCAAGAACGGUUUUUUUUUCAUUAAUUUACGUGCAGAUACUGAAUUUAUACAUACCUUGUACGGAAAUUAUGUUAUCUUUGUUAUACUUGGAUGCUGCUUAUAUGCAUAAGGGCCUUUUAUGAUCGUCCAUGCUUGUUAAUCAUAUCGCGCAUGACCGAUCGAAAUUGUAUUUGUGUGAUAAUAGAAGCUGAGCGAUAAUAUCUAAUACGGAAUGAGAAAUGAGGAAAUAAGAAGUGAUCGUAACGGAUUUGCUGGAUGGAUUGUGUGCGUGCGACUGGUAUUGAAGAUAUAUUGAUACAUAAAUAUAUAUAUAUAAUUAAGGUACAGGUUUAUUAAAAAUAUAAUUUUUAUUAGAAAGUAAAAGUCUAGCUAAGAUUCUAAAAUUAGUUAGAAAAUUACAACAUAAAAAAUAUAUUCGUCACUUUUAUCACCAACCCAAAAAAAAA